AUGCCAAAACACUGUCAAUUUAUAGAAAAUUACACAUUUGCAUAUACUCCAAUGAAAAAGUUAGUUUUCAAUGAUGAAAUGCAGAGUAUUUAUGCUUAUUCUUUAGCAUUUACCAAUUUGACGACACUUAUUUUACCACAAUCAUUGAGGUAUAUUGGCUAUUAUGCUUUAAAGGGCAGCACAUUAAUAUAUCUUGAUCUUCCUGAAGGCUUACAAAAAUUAGAUCCAUAUGCAUUUUCAGAUAGUAAUCUUUUGGUUCUUAAUAUGUCUUCAACAAUAAGAAUAAUUUAUGAUUAUGUAUUUACCGGUUGUGCAAUGACUAAUUUGACUAUAAAGCCAAAUUGUACAAUUCUUUAUCAAUAUGCAUUCUCAAAUAGUAAUUUAACAAACAUAACAUUUCCAGAAACACUUGAAAGAAUUGGAAGUUAUACAUUCUGUAGAUGUCCGUGUAAAAAUGUUACAUUUUAUUCCAAUUUCAAGUAUAUUGCAGAAAGCGCAUUUACUGAAAGUAAUGUAACUCAUCUUUAUCUUGAAUCAAUAGAAUCAAUAGGGCGCUAUGCAUUUUAUUGGCGCAAACUGUAUAAUCAAUAA